GCUGUCAAAAGCAUAGCAAAAGAAAAUUUCGAAGCUGAUGCGGUUUCGCGUGCGUGCUCUUUGGAUGUUUUUCCUAACAACUCGCGAAAAAAAUUGAUUGCCCGAUAAGAGGAAAAAAAACAUUCAACACUAAAUGCAUGUUUGACCGGUGCACUACACAUGUGAUUGUGAGGAAAAAUAAGCAGAUAUACCAGCCUGGUGGAUAAAGCUGGUGUCCAUUUCCCACUGACUGACUGAUCUAUCCCGAACUGCGCUGCUGGGAAAACCAUUCAAUAGUUCGGAAAUUAGGAAUCUGCCCUGGCUGGCCGAGUUCAAUCGAUCCAAUGGCGAACAAGUAUCUAACCAAAGAGCACCUUGCUGGGUUCGACAGCUAUAAGUACAGCGCACGUGACACAUCUCCGCUGAGCAUUUAUGUGAUGCAUCCCUUUUGGAAUUGGCUCGUAGAGUACUUUCCAAAAUGGUUGGCACCCAAUGUGAUGACAUUCGCCGGCUUCCUGUUCACGGUGGCAAAUUUUGUCAUACUAUCGUGGUAUGAUUGGGGUUUUUGGGCGAGCGCGGAUGUUGAAGGAGCCACACCAAUACCCAACUGGUUCUGGAUUGUUGCUGCCAUCAAUAUCUUCCUCGCGUACACACUGGAUGGGAUCGAUGGAAAGCAGGCCCGGCGGAUAGGUUUGUCCGGCCCUCUGGGAGAGCUGUUCGACCAUGGGUUGGACUCAUAUUCUGCAUUCUUCAUCCCGGCCUGUUUAUACAGCAUUUUCGGUCGUGGAGAGCUAUCGGUUCCUCCGAUUCGCAUGUACUACAUUAUGUGGACGAUCUUCUUCAACUUUUACCUGUCCCAUUGGGAGAAGUACAAUACAGGAGUGCUGUAUCUGCCCUGGGGGUACGAUCUUGGAAUGUGGGGUUCGGUGUUAAUGUAUAUGUCAACGUGGAUGUUUGGGUAUAGAAUGUGGAAAUCAGAACUUCCCUGGGGGAUUUCUGCCGGUCAGCUUAUGGAGCUUUGUUUGCAUGUUAGCGCCAUGUCUAAUCUACCUAUGGUAGUCUAUAAUAUGUACCGAUCUUACAAAGAUCGUACUGGUAAGAUGCGCACGAUUAAGGAAGCGCUGCGUCCGUUGUUUACAUAUGGAACAUUUAUGUUUGUGUCGCUGUUAUGGGUGUUUGUAUCUCCGAAUGAUAUUAUGAACCGAGAUCCCCGAGCAGUGUACAUACUCAGUGGAACUAUUUUUAGUAACAUCAGCUGUCGAUUGAUUGUUUCUCAAAUGUCCAACGUCAUCAGUGAAACUUUCAACUGGAUGACGGGAGUGUUGUGUGUCGCACUUCUGAUGAGUUUAACAAUGCCCGCAAUCGAGCGGCCUCUUCUCUAUCUACUCGUUAUUGGAUCCUCGCUAGCUCAUUGGCACUACGGAUCAGUUGUUGUGCAACAAAUGUGCGAACACUUUAAUAGGAUAUGCUUUAAAGUGACCAAGCCAAAGGAAAUCAAACAGUAAAAUUAAAGUCAAUUCGUGACACGGCCUGGAAUCCGUGUGCUCUUCUGAUGAUUAGUAUCGGGAAACUUUGGAGGCUUAAGCAUCACACUUGUAAAAAUGUUUUAUAGAUAGGACGCGUAUACAACAAAGUGACCACCUCAACCUA